AUGCACUCAUCCUUUGAGUUGAUAAUGCAUUUAAUACAAAAAGAUUUUUGUUAUUCAGAUGGGUGGUUAACUGGCUUUAAAAAUCAUCAUAGUUUAUACCAGUUCAAGAAGCAAGGUGAAGUUAUAAGUGCAUCUUCUACUAAAUCAAUAGAAAAUGACCGCUUUGCUUUACAGCAGCUUCUUGAAUCUUAUAGUUCAGAGAAUAUUUGA